AUGCCUGCAGAAAGUGUAAAAGUAAUAGUACGAAUGCGUCCAUUUAAUUAAAGAGAGAAAGAAAAUGGUAGUAAACCAUGUGUAACAGUUUAUGAGGAUACAAAUAGUGUUGAAUUGCGAAAUGUAAUAAGAAUGUAUAAUUGUGGAUUAGAGCUAAGAUAAUGAAGUGAAGAAUUUUACAUAUGAUUAUGUAUUUGGAGCUGAGACACCACAAUUACAAAUUUAUUAGAAGACAGCAUUUAAUUUAGUUGAAUCAGUUGCUGAUGGCUAUAAUGGAACAAUAUUUGCAUAUGGUUAAACAGGUAUAUAAAAUUUAAGAGAAUUAGGGUGUGGUAAAACUUUUACAAUGAUAGGAGAUCCAAUGAAUGUAAGAUCUUAAAUGAAUUUUAGGAAAGCAUGAAAGGAAUAAUUCCAAGAACAUUUGAUCAAAUAAUAAGCAUAAUCAAUAAUAAUUCAGAUACAAAUAAAAAGUUUUUAUUAAGAUGUUCAUACAUAGAAAUAUAUAAUGAAGAAAUUCAUGAUUUAUUAAGUAAAGAUGUAAAAUAGAAAUAUGAAUUAAAAGAGGGUUAAUAAGGAGUAUUUAUAAAAGAUUUGAAUAUAGUAGUAGUAAGAACAACACAAGAGAUGGAUAAAUUUAUGUAAUUAGGUACUUAAAACAGAUCUGUAGGUGCAACAGCUAUGAAUAAAGAAUCGAGUAGAAGUCAUUGUAUAUUUACAGUAUAUAUUGAAUGUUCUAUAACAGAUGGUAAAGGAAAUGAGAGAAUAACAGCAGGUAAAUUGAAUUUAGUAGAUUUGGCAGGAAGUGAAAGAUAAUCAAAAACUUAAGCUACAGGAGAUAGAUUAAAAGAAGCUACAAAAAUUAAUUUAUCAUUAUCUGCAUUAGGAAAUGUGAUUUCAGCAUUAGUAGAUGGAAAAACUUAACAUAUUCCUUAUAGAGAUUCAAAAUUAACUAGAUUAUUAUAAGAUUCUUUAGGAGGUAAUACAAAAACAAUUAUGAUUACUGCAAUUAGUCCAUCAGAUUUUAAUUAUGAUGAGACUGCAUCUAGUUUAAGAUAUGCUUCAAGAGCAAAGAUGAUUAAAAAUUAACCUAAAGUUAAUGAAGAUCCAAAAGAUGCUUUAUUAAAAGAAUAAGCUGAAGAAAUUAAAAAAUUAAAAGAAUUAUUAUCAAAAUAAGCACAUGGAUAACCUAUUUAAUUUGAAGCAUUUUAAUCAUUUAAACAAGAUAAUCAUCAAAAUAAUACAGAGAUUUCAAGAUUAAAAGAAGAAAAUGAUAGAUUAAUUAAAGAAAAGAAUAAUCUUUAGGGAUUACCAUAAUCUGAACAUUCUGAAGAAAAACUUAAAGAAUUAUAUGAAUUUAAACAAAAAAAUAAUUAACUUCAAUAAGAAAAAGAAAAAUUUGAAUAAGAAAUGAGAGAAAAAGAAUGGUAAGCUGAAUAAGAAAGAUAAGCUAGAUAGAGAUUAGAAUAAUUACUAAAAGAAAAAGAAUAAAUGAUUGUUUAAGGAGGAAAAGGAAGUGAAGAUGAUAAAAAGAAAUAUAAAAAAAUUAGAUAAACUAUUGAACAAUAAAAAAAAGAACAUGAAGCUUUGAUAUAACAAUAAGAAUUAUAAUAAUAAGAAAUGUUAUAAAUUGAAACUAAAUAUUAAAGUGUUUAAGAGGAAGUUGAAAAACUUAGGAAAUUGAUUAAAUAUUUAAGAAAAAAAUUAGAAGAAGCUACAAUUGAAUAAAAAGAUUUAAAAUAAGAAGUAGAAUAUGAAAAAGAAGAUAUGUUAGAAACUAUAAGAAAUUAACAUAAGGAAAUUAAACUUUAUAUUGGUUUAGUGAAAAUGAUGUUUAAUUAAAAUGAAUUAGAAACUCUUUAAGCUGCAUGUGAAUGGGAUGAAGAUUCUUAAGAAUAUAAAAUCCCUCCUUUUAAUUUUAAAGCAAAAAAAGUUAAUUUUCCUUCCCUACCAUAUAAAUAAGGUACUACUAUUAUUUAAUAAAAUCUAAGCCAUGGAAUUAGUUGAAUUAGAAAAAUCAGAUAGAGUACUCGAAAUUAAUUCUCGACCACAAAACAAUAAAAUUAAUAAUUAAGAAUAUCAAUAGAUUAAUCAAUAAAGACUCGUUUCUCCUAGAAUUCCAAGAAAAGGUAUUUACAAUAUAAAUUAAUAUUAGAAUCUCAAUAUAAAUAAAAUGGAUCAAGUUAACCUUAACUUGAAAAAGGAUAAUUAGUUGCAGAAAAAAUUAGAUAAAAUUACUAAAUGCUCGAAUAACAAGAAGGAAAAAUACGUUAUCAAAGUGAUUAAAUUAACUAACAAUUUAUAGAGAAAAAAUUAAAUUAAAAAACUAUUCUUAGUCCUAUAGACAAUAGAGAUAACUCUAUUUAAACCUAAAAUAGCUAAUUUAUGAAUAAUGGAAAUGUUAAUAAUAAUAAUCUAUCUUAUGUAACUACUACUAAUAAGAAUAAAAAAAGUAUAUUUUUAAUUUAAAUAGAUAUUAAUUUGUAACCACUCGAAUAAUUGCCCUUGUUACUUUAGAAUGAUGAUUAGCAAAAACGAAAAUAACACUAGAGAGUGUAAUAAAUUUGA